GUCGCAAUGAGUUGAUUGCCAGGUACAUCAAGCUGCGCACGGGCAAGACGCGCACCCGCAAACAAGUGUCCAGCCACAUCCAAGUAUUAGCCCGACGGAAGGCCAAAGAGAUCCAGGCCCAGCUGAAGGUCACAGUAAGUACCAACCUCCAGGACCAGGCGGCCCGGGACAAAGCCCUCCAGCAGAUGGCCUCCAUGUCCUCGGCCCAGAUCGUGUCGGCCAGCGCCAUCCACAACAAGGCCUUGGCCGGGGGUCUGGGCGGCCUGCCUCCCAGCAUGGCCAGUGGGCCGGUGAGGCCGCCCUAUCCUGGUGCUCCGUCGAUCUGGCAACCUGGUUUGUCUCAAGGAGAUGUAAAACCAUUUGCACCAGCCUAUGGGUUCGACUCCAAACUUCCGUCCUCUAUUUCUGGUGAGAUGGCCCUUCCUCCGUGGCAGGGACGAUCCAUAGCGGGUCCCAAGCUACGGCUCGUAGAAUUCUCAGCCUUCCUAGAACAACCCAGAGAUCCUGACUCAUACCAUAAGCAUUUAUUUGUCCACAUUGGUUCAACUGCAACGUACAACGAUCCCCUCUUAGAGGCAGUAGAUAUUCGACAGAUUUACGACAAAUUUCCCGAGAAGAAGGGUGGUCUGAAAGAACUCUAUGACAAGGGUCCUGCCUCUGCCUUCUUCCUCGUCAAGUUUUGGGGUGAUAUCAACACCAACUUGCAAGAUGAGGCUGGUGCUUUUUACGGUGUGACAAGCUUGUAUGAAAAUAAUGAGAACUUGACCAUCGAAGUGUCCACAAAAGUCUGCUCAUUUGGCAAGCAGGUUGUGGAAAAAGUCGAGACUGAAUAUGCAAGAAUGGAAAAUGGUCGCUACAUAUAUCGCAUUCACAGAUCUCCCAUGUGCGAAUACAUGAUUAACUUUAUUCACAAACUCAAGCACCUGCCAGAGAAAUAUAUGAUGAACAGUGUGCUGGAGAACUUUACCAUUCUUCAGGUUGUUACAAAUCGCGACACCCGAGAGACUCUUCUAUGCAUUGCCUUUGUCUUUGAGGUGUCCACAAGCGAACACGGUGCCCAGCACCACAUAUACAAGCUCGUAAAGGACUGAAGGAACCCACCAGCUCCACCACCGCCCCCUUCCCCUCCCCCUCCCCGUCUCCUUCUCCUCGCAAUCCCUUCCCGACCCCCCCAUGCCUCUUCCCACCAAGCUAUCUUUGUUACUACUGUUGCUGACGUUGUUGCUGUUGAAAGACUUGUUAUAUAUAUUAUAUAUAGAUAUAUAUAUAUAUUAUACUUUUUUUUUAGUUUUCACAUUGGUUCAUAAGAAAAGAGAUGCUGGCUUUGACUGCUGUAGAUCUGAUGAUAAAUUGUAUUUUUUAUUUUUUUAUUUUAAUUUUUUAAGAUGUAUUCUCAUUUUUUUAAUCAGCCUUCUGAUUUCUACCAGUCAUUAAUUUUUUUCAUAUUAUAUCUUUAGUUUUUCUUUACUAAACACUAUAGGUCUGUAGUGCAAACUGUGACUGGUAUCACGAAGUGAGUGGUUUUUGACCAUAUUUCAGUAGGUUGGGAAAAUGGACCAAAUUGUUGUUGAAUUCAGCGCAAGCUAACUAGAAAUAAACGGGUCAUCCAUGAAAUGCACCAUUGGAGCCUAAUUUGUAAAGAUUUUAUUCUUGUUUGCCUUUUCAAGACGGAAAAAAGCCUUAGAUUUUUUUUACUUUUUCAGUGUUAACAAACUGUCAAAAGAAAAUAUCUAAACCAGAUUUUAACCCAGAAAAUGUGUUUGAUAUUUUUACCUGUGUAUAUCGCAAUGUGCUUUUAUUCAACUACUUUACUGUAGGUAAAUGCAGGAGAAAAGAGUUUUUCUUUUAUUGUGUCUUACUGCCUCAUAAUAAAAAGAGAGACCACAACAUUAACUUUUCAUGGCCUCUGCAGUUAUAUUUGUAAUGCCGUGUUCAGCACUGGCUCUAGGGAAAACAAAUGAAAAGUCUUUGGUGCAGGCUCACUUAUUUUUAUUGCAGACGGUUAGCAGCGUCUUAGCUAGGCAGGUAAAAAUGACAAUGAAUGGGUUUUAAUCUCAGCAAAGAUAGCUGUCUAUUAGAGAAGGUUGAA